AAUCUUUCUGAUUAGAUAGCAUCCAUACUUUAAGAAAAUUAAUUUUUAUUUAUUACUUCCAUUGUUCAAGUGUACUUAAAGCUGAAUGUGUGUCAAAAAAAAAUAAUUGCUACGUGGAUAAAUCGGUGCAUUUGCAAAAAACAAAUUAGUAAAUAUGUCUAGUGAAAGUUCCUUGCCAAUUGACUCUCAAAAAGCUAAAACAGUUAUUGAGGAAUUAAUGAAAACACCUGAAGGUCGUGAUCUUGCUGAUAAAAUCAAAAAUAAGCUCAUAGAUUUGAAUACACAAUUUAAAAAUCUUUCGCCGGACGAUAAGCAGAAAUUUGCGGAAGAAUUUAAAGGAAAAUUCCAAGAGACAUUUGAGGACCUUAAAGAUUCAUUAAGAGUGCAAUUAGGAAGCGAUUUAAGUGGAAGCGAGAGUGAUGAAUUUAGUGAAGAAAUUCCAUCCAAUUACGGCCCACAACCUAAUUAUUUUUUAUUCCUGAUUGCAUUCAUUCUUAUUUUAUUGUUAUUCGGCUUCUUCGGAUAUAAAUUGUACCUCUCAAUUAUGGAAAAGGAGCUUGGCAAAGGCAAAAAGAACAAAAAGGAAGACAAGAAGAGCAAAAAAUUAAACUCACCACCAUCAUCGCCUCGAUCCAAGAAAGAAAAGUGAAUUUAGUUAAAUUCGUGUACUUUAAUUUUUAUAUUCAACAGCUUAAUGCUUCUGUUGCUGUUUUUUUUUAUUACCUAUAUUGAAAAUGUAUGCAAUGAAUUUUGUUUUGGUGCAUUAAAUGAUUCAUUCUGCCAAACAACAAAACGAAUAAUAAUAAUUAAAAUUUGCUAGCUCAUUCAGCUCAUUUCAUUAAAAACACAAAAAAAAGUUUACAACUUGGUAAAUUUAAACGAUAAUUAUGAAAAAGAUGUGAAAACAACAAUAAAUUGUAAACGAAAAACUUUUAUAGGAAGAAUUUUUUUUUUUGAUAUUUACUUGCUGGGGGUUAUUUAAUAAUGAUGUGAGCUACACAUCACGAAGUGAGAUAAGUACCUCGGUAGCCGAGUGGCAGGGAUCUCUGAUUGAGUGGUCAGAGAUCGUCUCUUUAGAAGUCGUUGGUUCGAUUCCCAUCAAAUUCGACUUGUUUUACAUUAUUAUACACAUAUAGCAGUUUUAGGGGGAUCUUCAGUUGGUGACAAUACUCAGGUUUGUCUAAUAAUGUUCUACAGAGCCAGUAAAGUAACUCUAAUGAUCAAGAAUCUAAUAUAACAAGCGUAGUCUUCAAUAAUCUCAAAUUAAGGAACUAAGGUCAUAAGGACUUAAGACCAGACCCCAUUUCUUAAAUCUCCAUGAUAAGGAAAGAACCCCACAACCGCGCAUUACUUCUCUGUUUGAUUUUACACGAUUGUUCCGGGAAUUACUUAAGUAAGCUUAAACAGUACAUACUGAUCAAAAAUAAAUAUUAUGAUGAUAUAAAUG